UUCACAUCUUUAUACACUGAAAAAGCCAGCCCGUUGAAUAUAGAGGAUUCCUGUUUUGACAUCAAUAAAGCAUCAGUAAACACAAUGUAUUUAGGUAUAUCAUCAUUUGUAAAUAAGAAUACCUCAUGCAAACCAGAAAAUCUUUUGUUAAGAGAGGUACAAAAAUACAUCAUCCUUGACAAGCAUCAGCGACAACUCUGUAGAACUAAAAUAACUGUGUCUAUCAAAAGCAGAAAAGGUGAAAAAGUCAUUGAGGACCUGAAAUAUGGUUGCCAACAUCUAGAUGGAAAUUCAACGAUUUUCUUUCAAUAUUGUUAUGUCAACAGUUUCCCUGAACAUUUUAACACAACCACAGGUGGGGCUGGAGCUAUUACUAUUUUAACGUUUCCUACACCAAAACUAGGUGACCAAGGACAUACAUUCGAAAUUUUGAGAGCUCAGUGCAACAUGAAAGAAUGGGAAGUGAAAAGAUGUUUAGCAAACAAAAUGCGAGAAAUUAGUACUCUGCCCUCUACAGACGAACUAUCAACGCAGAAAGUGUUUGUCCAAGGAAUAGUGGGAGGCUGUGUUGGGCUUAUCGUGGGAAUUUUGUCAACAACAUUUGGAUGCGUUUGUAUCUACAAGCAUUAUCAAAGCAGAAUAAUAAAUAAUGGUUUAAUUUCAAAAUCAAAGAUUCAUCACAUGACUGGAACCACACGAAUGUUUUUUAUACAUUCAAAGGAUGAUGAAAUCGUAUAUAAUGAUAUUUUAGACAUCCAGGAUCCUUCCAAAAAUAAAGAAAUACUACACAGUAAAAGCAACGUUAUUAAUCACAACGACUUUCAAGACUUGCAUUAUACUGAAAGUACAAGUACCUAUGAAAAUGAAAUUGACACAGUCCUAUUUGAUAAAAUUCUUAUAUCAUCAAAAGAAUAUAAAACAAGAAAUGAACCAUCGGACAUGUACGAAGAGUUUUCAAAAGAGGACAAAUCUGCUUCGACAAGCACAACAGAUAAGAAUCGUUUGAAAAGUGAAACAGUUACUGUUGACAUCCAAGACGCUGCCACGGGUAAGACAAUGGCUAGAUCAUUACAAACAGAAAACAAACAGCAACUAGCUACGUAUGAAGAACCUGUUAGUCGGUCGAAAGCCAAAAGUGUUCGAGACGUUAAGCCGGAUACCAAUGCUGCGUUGGCCUUCAACGGUGAUUCUGAAAACCUAAAAUAUUAUAAUUACCAUAUCUAA